AUGUGCAGUUUUUGUGCGAUUUCGAUUGUCUACAUUAUCUGUGCCGGGUUGGUGCAGCUCCAGAUAUAUUCUUCCAUUCAAUCCAACAUCUCAAGUGAUCUCUGGUUUGUGCGACUUGCAUCCAUUCUGCUUUGCUAUGCUCUCACUUAUACGCCGAUAUGGAUCCUUAGGCGUCUUGCACAGCCUCUCCUACGGCAAUGGGAGACUGAGACAGGCAAUUUGGCAUCGGUAUGUCAACGCUGCCUUACGAUCUGCUUCUUCCAACACUUGCCUUACGAUCGCCUCCUCGAUCCUCCCCCGAUAACUCCACCUCCGUCACCCUGGCGCACCCCUUUCGUUCGCGCUUCCGACGCGCUCGCGGUCUUCGCCAAGCAGCAUCGCUGGUUGGGGCUCGUGGGGUGUACUCUUGGUCUCAACUUCGCCUACGUUCUCUGGGGCGUUUUACAGGAGAAGAUAAUGACCAGCAGUUACGGAGGGAGACGCUUUCGGGAGCCACAGUUCCUUGUCUUCUGUAACCGCGUAGGCGCCCUCAUCAUGGCAUCUGUCUGCAUCCACCUCAUAGGACCUCGACGGUUGGAGGCAGCGGUGGCGGCUGCAGACGGACAGGGUGGGGCACCACUCUCCUGCUACGCCAAUCCUGCACUCAGCAACAUUCUCUCCAGUUGGUGCCAGUAUGAGGCCCUCCUCUUCAUCACUUUUCCUGUCCAAGUCCUUUCAAAGUCUUGUAAGACGAUUCCUGUAAUGCUGAUGAGUAAGAUUCUCUACGGUCGUUCCUACAAGGCCCAGGAAUACAUCACAACCGCACUUGUCAGCAUCGGUGUAAGCGUAUUUAUCCUAUCAUCGCCACCGGAGCAUAGUGGGAGGGCUGCAGUAAAUUCGGUUAGUGGGCUUGUCCUCAUCUGUGGCUACAUCGUUCUGGACUCCUACACAUCCACAUUCCAAGACAAUCUCUUUCGUAUUUACAAAAUUUCACCUCUCCAGAUGAUGCGGGGCGUAUGCACUUGGGCGGUGCUAUUCACCGUCACGCCACUGUUGGCGGACGGGACGCUGACCUCCUCGCUGCGGUUUGCGUGGGACCAGCCCCAGUUCGCUCUCGACGUAGUGGGCUCCGCAGUGUGCUCCGGCUUCGGGCAGAUAAUGAUUUUCAUUACCAUAGCCGAGUUUGGAGCCGUCACCUUCUCUAUUAUCAUGACAAUCCGACAGUGUCUGUCCAUCCUCGUUUCUUGCCUCCUCUUCACCCAUCCCAUAAAUGCGGUCGGCGCCCUGGGCCUGCUAAUCACCUUUGGUGCAGUCUUCUUUCGCAUUGUCUGUAAAGGGCUGACCCCCACACGGCAGGCUUAG